UGCUCAGUGCAGGUCUCUGGGCCUCAGCGUCCCUCCCUGUGACGGGGAGACCACCGCGCUGGGCCUGGGAGCUCGGGAAGAGACUCCGGAGAGGUGGGCGUCCGGGGGAGCCUGGCCCCUGUGAGGUGGCCGUCUGGGGGAGCCUGGCCCCUGUGAGUGCUUCCUUGGAGCCCUGUCUGCUGUCACCCUCACAGGCAUGGUUGAGGGGAACGUCUCCCAAAGGGCAGGCAAAGGGCUGGGUGGGGCAGAGACACCAGCGGCAGGUCAGGUGCACAGAGCAGGACAGGCCAAGGGCGGCAGGGGAUGGCGGACCAGCAGGCUCCUAGCCCCCAGGCCUGGCCCUCCUCCACCAGGCAGCAGACACGAACACGCCAGGCCUCCGCCUCCUCCCCGUCCAGUGGGAAUGGAACCUGCAACUCCCCCAGAUUCUGAGCCUGACGGGAGCAGGGAAGACGGCUUUCAGCUCUGACGUGUGGUGUCAUUGUCAUGUCGUUGUUUUCUUGCUGUGACAACAGACAGUAAGUUUCCUGGCUCCCCAAGGCUCCCAGCCCCCGCGGCCUGUGUGCCCGCCCCACCCGGUGACUCCAGCCUGUGCCAGGUGAGCGCUCAGGUAUGCGAAGGCGGGACAGCCCUGGGAGGGAGCGGGCAGGAGGGGCCACAGCCUGGAAGGGAGAGGAGGGCUGACAGCCAGGCAGAGCGACAGGGUAGGUGAGGAGCUGGAAGGCUAGGCCAGGCACUGCAGGUGGCAGGAGCUCCCGUCCGGUCCGGCACCAUGAGCAACACCGUGGGCCCAGAAGCUGCCCCCAAGCCCAGCGCCAAGUCUAUCUAUGAGCAGAGGAAGCGCUACUCCACUGUGGUCAUGGCCGACGUGUCCCAGUACCCAGUGAACCACCUGGUGACGUUCUGCCUGGGCGAGGAGGACGGUGUGCACACGGUGGAGGACGCCUCCAGGAAGCUGGCCGUCAUGGACAGCCAGGGCCGCAUCUGGGCACAGGAGAUGCUGCUGCGCGUGUCCCCCGACCACGUGACACUGCUUGACCCCGCCUCUAAGGAGGAGCUGGAGUCGUACCCGCUGGGCGCCAUCGUGCGCUGCGACGCGGUGACACCGCCAGGCCGGAGCCGCUCGCUGCUGCUGCUCGUCUGCCAGGAGCCCGAGCGCGCGCAGCCGGACGUGCACUUCUUCCAAGGCCUGCGCCUCGGGGCGGAGCUGAUGCGAGAAGACAUCCAGGGCGCUCUGCACAGUCACCGCUCGGGCAGAGGGGAGCGCAGGGCGGCGGCGCUCAGGCCCACGCAGGAGGAGUUACAACGCGGCCCCUCGCCGGCCGCCGAGACCCCGCCCCUGCAGCGCCGCCCGUCGGUCCGCGCAGUGAUCAACCCAGUGGAGCCGGGCGCAGGCCGCGGGGGACCCCAGCCAGAGCCCAUUCCGGAGGAGGAGCGGCAGAGGCCUGGCCUCGCGAGGACCUCAAACACCGCCAACCCCACCUCCCCGGACCUGGGCCCACGGGGUCCUGAUCUGGCCGGUCUGCAGGCUGAGCGGGAAGUGGACAUCCUGAACCACGUGUUCGACGACGUGGAGAGCUUCGUCUCCCGGCUGCAGAAGUCUGCCGAGGCGGCCCGCGUGCUGGAGCACCGGGAGCGCGGCCGCAGAACCCGACACCGGGCGGCCGGGGAGGGCCUGCUAACGCUGCGGGCCAAGCCGCCCUCGGAAGCUGAGUACACGGACGUGCUUCAGAAAAUCAAGUAUGCCUUCAGCCUGCUGGCCCGGCUGCGCGGCAACAUCGCCAACCCCUCCUCCGCAGAGCUGCUGCACUUCCUGUUCGGACCUCUGCAGAUGAUUGUGAACACGUCGGGGGGCCCCGACUUCGCAAGUACUGUGCGGCGGCCACACCUGACAUCCGAGGCUGUGGCGCUGCUGCGGGAAAACGUCACUCCACGUGAAAACGUGCUCUGGACUUCGCUUGGGGACUCCUGGACCCGCCCAGGGGUGGAGCUGCCCCCGGAGGAGGGACCCCCAUACAGCCCCGAGUUCUACAGCGGCUGGGAGCCUCCCGCCACCGACCCGCAGGGCCGUGCCUGGGAAGACCCAGUGGAGAAACAGCUGCAGCAUGAGCGGCGGCGCCGGCAGGACUCGGGUCCCCGGCUGGCCACAUGCGGUCACCAGGACCUGGAGCUGGAAGCCGAGCCCCAGCCGGAGCCGGAGCCGGAGCCGGAGCCAGAGCCGGCAGGGAAGUGGGUCCUGUGUAACUACGACUUCCAGGCCCGAAACAGCAGCGAGCUGUCGGUCCGGCAGCGGGAUGUGUUGGAGAUCCUGGAUGACAGACGCAAGUGGUGGAAAGUUCGGGACCAGAAGGGGCAGGAGGGAUAUGUACCCUAUAAUAUCCUGACACCCCACCCUGGACCCGGGGUGGGCCGCAGCCACAGCCCUGCCCGCAGCCUGACUAGCACUCCCCCUCCCCCACCAACCGCGGCCCCUGCUCCCGUUCGGCCCCACUGGGACAGCUGCGACAGCCUCAACCACUUGGACCCUAGUGAGAAGGAGAAAUUCUGCCAGAUGCUCAGUGUCAACGCGGAGCUGCAGGCGCGCCUGGCUCAGGGCCGCUCGGGUCCCACCCGUGCAGCCCCGGGGCCUCGCGUCCAGGAAGCGCAGCUCAGUCCACGCUCAGAUGCCUCGGAGGUCCGGGCCUGGCUGCAGGCCAAAGGCUUUAGCUCGGGGACUGUGGAGGCACUGGGUGUGCUGACCGGUGUGCAGCUUUUCUCGCUGCAGAAGGAGGAGCUGCGGGCGGUGAGCCCCGAGGAGGGGGCGCGUGUGUACAGCCAGAUCACGGUGCAGCGUGCGCUGCUGGAGGACAAACUGUCAGAGCUGGAGGCGGUUAUGGAGAAGCAGAAGAAGAAAGUGGAAGGCGAGAUGGAGAUGGAGGUCAUCUGACCGUUCCUGGUACCUUUGCAAAGGACGAAGGACUCCCCACGCCCGGG